GUGUCGUACAAACGUUGUUUACGCGUCGGAACUUCCGGCGAACCGCUGCGCAUUUUUCAGGUGGUGGAGAGUGGAUGCUGAUGGGGGACGAAAAAGAGACCUGGAAAGUUAAAACUCUUGAUGAAAUUCUGUUGGAGAAAAAACGCAGAAGAGAGUUAGAGGAGAAGACGGAUCUUAAGCGCCAGAAAAAUUUCUCACAGGGCCUUGCUUCACAGGCGAAUGAUCGGGAAGCCAAACGAGAUACUCCGGAGGAAGGAGAACUACGUGAUCAAAGAAUGGAAAUAACAAUUCGUAAUUCUCCGUACACGCGGGAGGACUCAACAGAGGACAGAGGAGAAGAAGAUGAAUCUCUAGCAAUCAAACCCCCACAGCAGGUAGCGAGGAAGGACAAGUCUCAUCACAGAAAAGAGGAGAAGAGAAAAGACAAAAGACGUCAUCGCAGUCACUCUGCUGAAGGAGGGGGAAAACACAUGCGAGCCAAAGAAAAGGAGCGGGAGAGCGAUCGCAGGAAGCGUAGGUGGGAAGAAGACAAAGCCCGUCGAGACUGGGAGAGACAGAAACGUAGGGAAGAAGCCAGAGCCCACUCACGCAGAGAGAGGUCGGCACCAACUUCUGAAAGUCGGCUCUGUGUAUCCCCUGACCACAGGGAUCGGCUGGAGCAGAUCGAACGCCAACGGGAACGAGACCGGAAGCUUCACGAACAGCAAAAAGAUCAGCGGGACCUUAAGGAUCGAGACAGGAGGGUUGAAGAUCGGCGCAAAGAACGAGGGACUCGGCGAGAAAUCCCGUCUCACCAUCGGAUGCUGCCAGAUGAUUACGACGAUAAGCAGAAACAAUCCCACCACAGUCGGAGUCCCAAUCGUAUUCCCCGGGACAGGUCUGAGCACGGAGAACCACGGAAAACUACCGCAUCAAAAGAGGAGAAGCCAGAUAUCAAAGACCUGCUUGCAGACCUUCAGGACAUUAGUGACGCUGAAAGGAAGACGAGCACUGCAGAAUCCUCCAUGGCGUCGGGGUCGGGCUCUGAGGAUGAAGAGGAGGAGGAUGAUGAAGGAGAAGAGGAGUCCAGCCAGGGUGAGGAAGAAGACGAGGACUCGGUUUCGGGUUCUGGGCGGUCCGAGCAGAGUGCAGAAGAUGUGAGUGAAGAGGAGCAGUCAGAGGGGUACUUUGAAGAGGAGCAGGAAAAUGGAAAUCACAUUCCUGCAGUGCCGGAGUCCCGUUUCGACCACGAUUCCGAGGAAAGCGGUGAGGACAUGGAGGAGGAAGAGGAGGAGGAGGAGGAGGAGGAGGAAGAGGAGGAGGAAGGUGAUGGCGUAGAGGGUGACCACACCCCCCAAUCUCCUAUUCACGUGCACACCCCUACCCCUGAAGCAUCCCCCCCAGGCUCACCUGUAGAGGUGAAGAAGGAGCUACCUAAAUACCUGCCAGCCUUACAGGGAUGCCGCAGCGUGGAGGAGUUUCAGUGUUUGAAUCGAAUAGAGGAGGGAACUUAUGGAGUGGUGUACAGAGCCAAGGACAAGAAGACUGAUGAGAUUGUUGCACUGAAAAGGUUGAAAAUGGAGAAGGAAAAAGAAGGUUUUCCCAUCACAUCGUUAAGAGAAAUCAAUACAAUUCUGAAAGCUCAGCAUCCCAACAUCGUCACAGUACGGGAAAUUGUUGUCGGGAGUAAUAUGGACAAGAUCUACAUUGUUAUGAAUUACGUGGAGCAUGACCUGAAGAGUCUGAUGGAAACCAUGAAGCAGCCCUUCCUGCCAGGGGAAGUAAAGACGCUUAUGAUUCAGCUCCUUCGAGGAGUUCGACAUCUCCACGACAACUGGAUACUUCAUCGGGAUUUAAAGACCUCCAACCUACUGCUGAGCCAUAAGGGCAUCCUGAAGAUUGGUGAUUUUGGUUUGGCCAGAGAGUACGGCUCCCCCCUCAAGCCUUACACCCCCGUCGUGGUGACUUUGUGGUACAGAUCGCCGGAGCUGCUGCUUGGAGCCAAGGAGUACUCCACAGCUGUGGACAUGUGGUCGUUGGGUUGCAUAUUUGGCGAGCUCCUCACCCAGAAACCUCUUUUCCCUGGAAAAUCUGAAAUUGACCAAAUUAACAAGAUUUUUAAGGAUCUGGGAUCACCCAGUGAGAAGAUCUGGCCUGGCUACAGCGAGCUGCCUGCUGUGAAGAAGAUGAGCUUCACAGAGUAUCCCUACAACAACCUUCGGAAGCGUUUCGGAGCUCUGUUGUCAGACCAGGGCUUCGACCUCAUGAACAAGUUCCUCACUUACUGCCCCAGUAAGAGGAUCUCGGCAGACGAGGGGCUGAAGCACGAGUACUUCAGAGAAACCCCUCUCCCCAUCGACCCCUCCGUGUUCCCCACGUGGCCCGCCAAGAGCGAGCAGCAGCGGGUGAAGAGAGGCACCAGUCCUCGUCCGCCUGAGGGAGGCCUUGGAUAUGGCCACCUGGGUGAUGACGACCUGAAAGACACCGGCUUCCACCUCACAACCAGCAACCAGGGAGCUUCUGCAGUCGGACCAGGAUUCAGCCUCAAAUUCUGAACCCGAAGCUGCCGCUCCGGAUUUUAGUGUUCCAACGGAGGAAUGGAGCAAAGACUUCUGGGACUUGUUUGUUCGAAGCCAGACGGUUUGCAGCGCUCGGCCAGAUCGGUUUCUGAUCAAAGACUCGUGGUUUUUAAAUGUGUUGAUUUUCAACAUUUCCUCCGUUUCGGACGCGGCUGUUUUUAGCUUCUUGGGAGGAGGGAACCAUCAGUGUGCUAAAAGUUGAGCUCUUGUGUUAAACUCCUUUUUUAGGUUGGUAUUUCCUGACUACCUGAGCAUUCACUGUACGUUCCAUCCAGCUUUAGAGGUUAACUGGUGAAUGUCAGCUGACAUGGCAGGUUGACGGUGUUUUUGUAAGAAAUAAAGUCUGAAAGUUUG